GAGAGAGAGAGAGAGAGAGAGAGAGAGAGAGAGAAAGAGAGAGAGAGGACUUAGUGGACUGGGGUUUCCUUAGGUGUUUGGAUCCAGUCAUGGCCGGGAACUCAGAGAAAGUACCGAUCGCCUCGGCGGGACCAGAGGACAUGCAGCAGUUCAUGCCUCCGGCCUACUCCGCCGUGGCCGUGAAGCCCACCACCACCGGCCGCCUACUGAAGGCCGGGAUCGCGGUGCUCAUCGCCGGGGCCCUGCUACUGCUACUGGGGGCAGUCGGAGCUUUCUACUUCUGGAACAACAAUGAAAAACACGUCUACAAUGUCCACUACAGCAUGAGCAUCAAUGGCAAAGUGGAGGAGGGUACAAUGGAGAUCGACACGGAAAAUAACAUGGAGAGAUUCAGCACCGGCAGCGGGGCGGACGAGGCCGUGGAGGUCCAUGACUUUGAGAUUGGGAUCACAGGGAUCCGGUUCUCAGGAGGAGAGAAGUGCUACAUCAAGACCCAAGUGAAGGCUCGUCUGCCUGACGUGGAGGCUCUCAACAAGGACUCGAUGACAUUCGACCUGGAGGACGAGGUGAUGCCGGCGAAAUUUGAGGAUGAUCUGAUCUGGGUGGCGGCUGACACUCCCCUCUCGGACUCCGCCUUCCUCAGCAACAAGAUCAAGGAUUUGUGUGGAGACCUGCCAAUCUUCUGGCUCCGUCCCACCUACUCAACCAGCGGACAGAGGAAGAGGGGGGCCGCCCUCCGCCAGCGCCGCCAGGCAGCCGGGGCCGGGGAGGAGGAGGAAGAGGACGUGGAGGCAGAGUUCAACCCGGAGAACCCCUAUCAGAGAGGCCUCGAGGGCGAGCAGGGCACCACGAACAUCGACCCCAUGCUGGACCACCAGGGCGUGUGCUGCGCCGAGUGCCGUCGCAGCUACACCCACUGCCAGAGGAUCUGCGAGCCGCUGGGAGGGUACCACCCGUGGCCGUACCACUACCAAGGCUGCAGGGUGGCCUGUAGAGUUAUCAUGCCCUGCAACUGGUGGGUGGCACGCAUUCUGGGUCUGGUGUAGACACCCCCGCCCACAUGGGAGAUGGUAGAGUCCAGGAGGGAAGAAACUAGGGAGGGAUGGGGAUGCAAGGGAGGGGAGAUGAAGGGGCAGAGAUUAGGAAAGGGAGACGGUGGCUUCUCAUCAUCACCUCCUGUACUUACCUGUUGGUCUGAGCAGAUUCUUAGGAAAUGAACAGCAUCAGUAACCGUGUCCACACAUUAUAGGUACAGAACCUAGGACUGACAUGAUCUCACAUGUAAAGGUACGCAGUGACUGCUCACUGCACAGCUUGUCUUGAGCUACAGCACGACAUGCUGUCAAGAGAACAGAGGUUAUGACAUGAAACAUCCAAUUAAAUGCAUUGAUUUCAAAUAUGUAUAACGCCACCCGUUUAUCUAUAGGAAAAGUAAGCUUAUAUUUAUACAGCUGGUAAUCAUUUCUUUGCUUUCAUUCUUUGCUUUUUGUAAAUAAAUGUACAGGGUGCAAAGUAUUUAAAUAGCAGCCAGCUGACUUAAAUAGCAUCCAUUGUUUGUUUAACUUGUCAUCACUCUAGUGAGACAUAUUUUUGACUCCUGUGUUUUUAACUUUCCUUUCUUUCCCUUUCCUAUCCUUUCUUUCCCUUUCCUAUUUUGUCCUCAUGCGUAGCUCUCAUUAAAACAAUGUACUGUACGCAUUCUCUCAGAAACUUUCAUCUAAAUGUAUUUUCAUCUGCAUUGAAGAAGCUAUCUCAAAGUGCAAUAUCACCGAAUAAACUUUUUUAAGUAAAUAAA